UAACUAUUUUGCUAGCAUUUUUUUUAAUUUACAUUUGAGAACUCUUUAUUAUAUAUAUAACUUUUUGUUAAAUAUCCAGGGACCUAACGUUAAAUUCAGUGUGCUAGCUUGCUAGCUGCCCAUAGCUAAUUCUGUUUGAUAAGUCCCAGCCAGCUAGCUAACGUUAGCUACCUAUUAGCCUUUACGACCGAGCGUUGAGGCACAGACAAUAUAUUCGGUUGAGCUAACUACCCUUAGCUACUAACUAAAAGUAACAAUAUUGUGGAGGAAUUAGACUAAAAUAACCUAGACCGACAUUUCCAGACUCCAGAAAAGUGAUUAACGAACGUCAGUUACCUCGUUUACACAAAUCUAAUCACUAUUCGACUGGUCAGCUGUGUUUUAGGUGACUGUAACGUUAGUGUCGCCUAGCCUGUCUAGCGGUCAGCUAGCUAUUCCAGCGCCGCGGACCAACUGGCCCAGCCAUGAGCUCGCUAAGCUACUUCACCCCGGCCCGAGAGGAAGAGCUGCUGUGGUCGGGGAACGCAGGCGCAGCCACCGGACCUCAACCCAGCACCCUCGGAGGAGAGGAGGCACGGCGCUUCUAUCAAAGCCUCAUAGAAGAGGGGGAUGGAGGGGAGAGACGAGGAAUGGAGCAGAGGGGAAGAGAGGGAGCGAGAGAGAGGAGGGGAAGAGCAGGGCAGCACGUCCAGGCUAGCAGGCAGCAGGCUAGCACCACCAGUGCUACCACGGAGCUGGAGGGGCUAAGACUGCUGCGUUGUGCCCAGGAAGGUGACCUGUCUGGGGUGAGAGGCCUGCUGUCCCGGGGGGUGGAUGUCAACUUCCAGGACAGCUGGUGGUGGACAGGUGUGAUGUGUGCAGCGGCGGCAGGGCAGCGGGGUAUCGUUAGGCUCCUCCUCCAGCAGGGGGCGGCGUGGGUGGGCGUGGUGGACACGCAGGGCCGGGACGCCAGGGAGCUGGCUAGGAUGGCAGGGCAUAGCGGGGUCCUAGAGGAACUGGACCACUACGGGUCUCAGCAGGACUGUGACCAUGAGACGGGUGACCGGCAUGGGAGACAGAGGGGUCAACACAGCCAUUACAGGAGAGAGACACAGGACCACAGUUCUCCCCCAGCGGUAGCAGCAGUCCAGACCCAUCAGAACCAGUCCACCCAGAAUCAGACCCAGUGGUGUCCAGUCUGCAGUGUCCACUACUCCUCUCCUCCAGAGACGCACAUCUCCUCCACCCUCCACCUGUUCUCUCUCUCCCGCCCUGCCCCCCCUCCCCACUACUGUCUCCCCCCCUCCACCCCCGCCUACCAGAUGAUGCUGCGCUCCGGAUGGACCCCUGGGGGGGGGCUGGGGCCCGCGGGGGAGGGUCACAAACAGCCGGUCCGGACCGUCCUGAAGAGGGACAGUAGAGGCCUGGGGUACGGACCCACACCCCGACCUAAGGUCACACACUUCCAACCUAAAGACCCACAGGCAGUCAGACGGACGGGGAAGGAGGGUCGGGGAGAGCGGGGGAGGAGGGGGAUAAAGGAGGAGAGUAGGAGGGAGGAGAAGGACAGGAACUGGGAGAGGGACUUCCGCUCUUCCUUUAACACCUUUGACCCCUGACCUCUAAAUGCUGGCUCAGGGAACACAUGUGAUCACCUGUUGUAGCCAGUUUCUCUCUCUCUUCUCUCUCUCUCUCUCUCUCUCUCUCUCUCUCUCUCUCUCUCUCUCUCUCUCUCUCUCUCUCUCU